GUUUGAUAUAAAGUUGAACGGUCAAGUGGUAGGCUUAAGCAUUCGGUAGUGUUCCUCGGAAAGUGCAACAGUGGCAGAAUAGAACGAUUGAUCGGUGCUACAGACUUUAAGUGAACAUGCUUAGGCUUAGUUGUUUGUGCGUGUUGCUGGUAGCAGUGGGAUUAACUCUUGCUGAGGCUCCACUUCCGGGAGGAAGUAAUGGAGGGGGAGGCGGAUAUCAGCAGGUGUCCAGCGGUCCACAAACCUCCGAUGGUCAGCGUGUGGAUCCGGAACUUCUGGAAAUGCUGAAAAUGCUCUUGCUGCAGCACGAAAGUGAACAAUCGAAUGGAAAUGGCAACGGCGGAAGUUCGGGACAGUUUGGAUCAUACGGUCCGCCAGCUGGAAGCAGUUCACAGGGUCGAGUCACCGGAAUCGAUCUGGAAGAUCCACGACAGAGUAAGCAGGUCGCUGAGUUCUGGCAGGGAGGUCAGGAACAGGCUCCUCCAUCCGGUAGCUAUGGUGCCCCAAGUGGUUCUUAUGGUGCUCCCGUAGGUAGGAAAUGAAUGAAUUAAUUUAUUUGACCUCGUUUUAAGCAUUGCUCGUUAAGAAAAAAAUAAUAAAUUUGUCACCGUUAA